UUCCAAUCACCGCCAUAGGAGCUGCAGCUUCGCUUCAUUCAGGCUAGGUGGAAGUAAAACAAAAACCCUAAAAUAUCGAAUUAGGGUUUUACUUGUCGAAUUCGAUUGAAGCCAGCAAUUAAGUAAGGCACGAGCUAACAAAUUAGGGUUUCAUCCAAUAUUUUUUAUUCUUAAUUAGCAAUUAAAGAUGUCGUCUCUGAGGAAUGCGCUUCCGCGGAGAGCUCACAAAGAACGGGCUCAGCCGGAAGUUAGGAAAAAAUUUGGGCUUCUUGAAAAGCACAAGGAUUAUGUUGUUCGAGCCAAGGCUUACCAUAAAAAGGAGCAAGCUUUACAGAAACUCAAAGAAAAAGCAGCAUUUAGGAACCCAGAUGAAUUCUACUUUAAGAUGGUCAAAACAAGAACUGUUGGUGGAGUUCAUAGGACUGAGAGCGAGGCUAAUAAGUAUACUCUUGAGGAGCUUCUGUUGAUGAAAACCCAAGAUAUGGGCUACAUUAUGCAGAAAAUUCAGAGUGAGAAAAAGAAAAUUGAAAAACACGCCGCAAUAUUACAUUCGCUGGAUAAUCGGUCAUCAAAGGGACAUGUGUACUAUGCUGAAGAUAGGGAAGAGGCAAAUGAGUUGCAGUUGAAAAAGUCUGCACAUACACAAGUGUCUAUUGAUGAGAAUUUGCCCGAUCAUGUGAAGCGGAAGACAGCUGCUUCUUAUCGGGAAUUGGAGGCAAGAAAAAGCAGAGUUAAUGAUUUAGAGAAAUUGUACAUGGACAUGGCCUUGAAAAAGGAAUUACAGAAAAAGGGUAGGAAGCGGAAACUUCGUGAAGAUGAGAUAGUCUGUCCAACCAGCAAACCAGUGUACAAGUGGCGUGCUGAAAGAAAACGCUGAAGAGGACAAGCUUGUAUAUCUCAUGAAAUUAGGACUGAUGAUGAUGACCCUGUCAAAGAGCUGUUUAGCCAGGCUGUACAAAUCAUUCUGGAUGUGAGUACUUCUGACAGACCUGCAGUUUUGCGAGAUGUUGUUCAUUAUUGCAGUUUGCAAUUCUGUUCUUUCCAGCUGCUGCUUAGACAUGCAAAUGCUUACAUAAGGUUAAUGAAUGAGUGAGGAUAUUUGGCUGCUUGAUUGGAUGUUUAAAGGUGGUGUAGAAAUCAUCCAGCUUUUCAGGAUCUUUUGUGUAUUAUCAAUUGGUCUUUUAAGAGCAUACUUUGUUCUGUGCUGUAUCAAAAAAUUGCUACUGAUAAAGCUCCACCAUAUCUAUGCUCAAUGACCUGAGUCUUUAAAAACUUGUUAA